CUCACCAGCACCACCGACCACCAGCCGCCCACUGCGCUGAGUAUCGUUGCUGCCGCAUGUAAACACCUUGUCUGGCUCUCGCUUCUGCCCGCACACCCCGCGCGCGCCCCCCGCCUAGCGCGAGCGCCUUCCUUCUGUAGGCGAGGGCACCCCCGCCUGCCGCCGGCCCACGGUCCGCUUGUUCUGUCCCGAAGGUGCCCAGAGGCGGAGGCCGAGUAGCGACUGCGCGCCCGCCGACGCCCCGCUGCAGGCAUUGCAGGCCCGCUCGACAGCUAUGGCGAGGCGCAGUGGCGCCCCCGCACGCCGAUGAGUUUCCCGGGCCGGCUGACCGGCCACGUCUGGGACUGCUACUACGACGUGAAGGCGGCGGCGUACGCGCCGCUGGUGGUGGAGCAGCACGACGUCGUGGGCGCCGGCUCUGGUGCCGCCUACGCCCACUGGGGGCCGCCGCAACAACAGCAGCAGCAGCAGCAGCAGCCGCCGCAGCACAACCACAGCCACAACCACAACCACCAGCCGCCGCCGCAGCACCACCAGCAGCUGCUCUGGGCCGCUAGGCAGCAGCACCACGUCGAGCAACAACAGCAGCAAGAGCAACAACAGCAGCAACAGCAACAGCAACAGCACCAACAGCAACAACAACAACAACAACAACAGCAACAGCAGCAGCAGCAGCAGCAGCAACAACAACAACAACAGCCGCCUCCUCCUCCCAAGAGAUUUUUGCUUCAAGGGAAGACCAGCGGCAAGGAUGGCCCUGAAGACAAGAAGGACGACGGCGAGCUGUGGUGCAACGUGGAAGCGCAGGCCGCCUUCCUGGGACCCAACCUCUGGGAUAAGACGUACGACGCCGACCUGAAGUACGUGGACCUGGACGAGUUCCUGUCGGAGAACGGCAUCCCGGUGGAGGGCCUGCCGGGCACGCAGCACCUGAAGCAGGCGCAGCAGCAGCAGUCGCAGCAGCAGGCGCAGCAGGCGCAGCCGCCGCAGCACCCGGGGCCCGCGCCCACGCUCGACCUGGUGGCCAAGCGCGAGCGCUCGCCCAGCCCCUGCGAGCCGCGCACGCCCGACACCGAGCCACUCAACCCGCCGUCGCCGGCCGACUCAACACUGUCCCUGGCGUCAUCUGGUCGUGAUUUCGAUCCUCGGACGAGAGCCUUUUCGGACGAAGAGCUGAAACCACAACCGAUGAUCAAGAAGUCCAGAAAGCAGUUUGUUCCGGAUGAUAUGAAGGAUGAGAAGUACUGGGCACGGCGCCGCAAAAAUAACUUGGCAGCAAAGAGGUCUCGUGAUGCAAGGCGUGUCAAGGAAAAUCAAAUAGCACUGCGUGCAGGAUUUUUAGAGAAGGAGAACAUGAACCUACGACAGGAGCUGGACCGAUUGAAGAAAGAGAACAUGCUGUUAAGAGACAAACUAUCAAAGUUCACAGAUGUGUAGUUGGGUACACAAGUCUAACAUGGCCACCUUGUCCACAAUAUUGAUGCAGUUCCUAAAACAAAGUAGACUCACACAGCAAAUAUGUUUAUAUCAUGAGAUGGAAUACUUAACUUUUUGAAUUCCAUUUAAUUAUAAAUGCAUAACUGGAAGGUGAACCUUAUUUCAUCUCAAUUGUGACCACAAUAGUUACUGCUGAAUAGUUUGAAAACUCAUUGUAAUUCAGCUGAACUGUUGCAAUUAAUGUAUUAUCUCAGUGUUUACAGUAUGAGGUGAGGUGGCCACAAGAAUGGACUAAUAUCAUUUGUCAAAAGAAACAAAAUGACUUUUGGCAGCAAUUAUUUCAUGUGUCAUAGCUAUCACCAUUUUCACAUGAUGGAGCAAUUGGAAAUUUUUGUGCUUCUGACCUUUAAAGAAGGCAGCUUUGUCACCAACUGCAGAAGCUAUCUAGGAGGUAAAUAAGUAACACAAUUCUGGCAGCUAUUAACCACCAGCCUCCACAUUAAAAAAAAUGCAAAAUCUUAUUCAUUGAAGUAGCAUCCAUUCAUACAGGGACAAUGUAUUUUACUGUCUAAGUACAUUAAUGUCUGGUGUUAAUGAACAGUCAAGACAUGAGCACAUCUGUACAUGAAUAAUAUUAUUGUAAUUUAGAGUAUCAUAGUGUAGACUUGUGAUUGUUUUAACUGAUGACAGGGUAUAGGAUUUUAGAAUGCUCAGAAAUAUAUAUAUAUUUUUAAUUCAAUAUAUACGAAUAGAACUUUGAUUUUGUAAGAGAAAGCCCAACCAGUAACAUUUACUCAGAUGAAAUGAUAUCAAACGCUUUAUGUAUUUACACAUGAAGCAAACACACACGUGCACACACAGGAUUAAUUGUGACAUUGUUAUGCACUGAGGAAGCUAGUUCAAAACUGAGCACUUUACAUAGAACAGACAGGGUACUGAUUAGACUCUCAGAGUGAAACAAAUAUACAGAAGGAGAAAAUAGACAGUUCGAUACAUAUGUUGAAGACAUCUGGGAGUGAAUAAAACAAAUAAAUUAGAAUUGUUAAAUCACUGUACAAGUGUGAGUAGCAAAUCAUGAAGUAGACU